UUCUGCUAUAAAACAGGGAUUCUUUAGCCUUUUGAGUUUUGACUCAUCUCUUUCUCUGCAACUCCAAACCUCUUCUCUACCUUCUCAAACCUCAGAUCCUUUAUUUUUGGGUCAUCCUCGUCUGAAAAAACAAAAACCUCUUUCUGUUUUCACAUCUUAGAAUGCAAAAGACUGUCAAAAACACACAUCCAAUCUCUGCAAUUCAACCAUGAAUGAUUCUGUGAAGUACACAGAACACAGGAAAGUCACUAAUAAGCUGGUGAAAUCUUUGGGUACACAGUUUCCUGUACCCAAUGCCGAGAAACCCAAAAUCGUUCGGAUCUCAGUCACAGACGCUGACGCCACAGACUCUUCAGGCAGUGAAGACGAAAAAGAAGCAUCAGUUCAUCGACACAGAGUGAAGAGACUGGUUAACGAGAUCAGAAUCGAAGAUUUCUCACAUUAUGUUUCAAGCAGAGCUGGGCAGCCCCAGCCCCAGCCUCAGCCCAAAACAAAACAAGCCUCCUUGGCUGUGAAGAAGUUUCGAGGCGUUCGUCUAAGGCCAUGGGGGAGAUGGGCAGCAGAGAUCAGAGACCCACAUCGAAAAGUUCGAGUUUGGUUGGGUACAUAUGAUACAGCUGAAGAGGCUGCCUUGGUUUAUGACAAAGCUGCUAUUCGAAUCAAAGGUCCAGACGCACUCACCAAUUUUCUCAAACCUCCAGAACAGGUGGUUGUUGUGUCUGGUGAUUAUGAUUCUGGGCAAGAGAGCAAUCAAAUAAUGAGUGUCUCUCCGGUAAGUAGUAGUAGUUGUUGUAAAACCCAACAAAAACCAGAAAUUGAUGUUGGGAAUUGUGGUGCUACUUUUUAUGAUUGUGAUAAUUCUGGGAAAGACUCACAGUCUCAGUCUCAGUCUCAGUCUCAUAGUGUUUAUUCUCCCACCUCUGUUCUCAGAUUUCAACCUGUUGAACUUGGGACAGAGGCAGAGAGUGAUUGGAAACCAGUGACUGAAGAAAUGGAUUUUCGGUGUUUUGAUGAUUACUAUUUCGAUUCUCAAACUCUGCAACCACCACCGCCCCCACCACCACCGAUGUUUUUGGAGGAUGAUAUGAGGGUACAGGAGACAUAUAUUAAAGAAGAAGAUUUGUGUGAUAUUUCUGUUGAUGUUUUAGAUGCUGAUUUUGGGUCUUGUAAAUGGGAUGUGGAAGAUUACUUUCGAGAUCCUUGCUAAGUUAAAAAAGAGCAUUGUGGGUUUGUGUGCUUGUGAUUGUGCUUUUGUGUUACUUUACUUAUUAGUGGUAAAUUAAAGGGUGGAAAACCAAGUUUUGUUUAGUGCUUAAAUUUUAUAAAACGGUGGUAAAUUUUAUUAGUGUGGCCUUUUUCUUUUUGCUUCA